AUGAGAAACCCACAUAAGCAAUUCUAUUAGAAUAUGCUGAAAAUGGUACAUUAUUUAAUUUAGUAGCAAGUAAAAAUGGCCUAACAGAAGAUGAAGCGCAUAAAUAUUUUGUUCAAAUAUUAUAAGUAAUAGAUAUUAUGCAUUCAAAUAAUAUAGUCCAUAGAGACAUUAAACUGGAAAAUAUUUUGGUAAAUUUCAAGGAUGAAUUAUAAUUAUGUGAUUUUGCAAAUGCUAUAUUCCUUAAUAAUGUAAAUGAGUCCACUUUUAUCCCUUCUGCGGGUACAGCAGGGUGUAGAGCUCCUGAAGUAAUUAAAAAAAAAAAAAAUCAAAGCCAAUAAGAUGAUGAAAUUAUUGAUUUAAAAAAAGCGGAUAUUUUUAGCUUGGGAGUACUUUUAUUUACUAUGGUUUUUUGUAAAUAACCUUUUUCAAAAGCGGAUACAAGCGAUUUUUUUUUUCUAAUUUGGUUAAAAGUAAAAAUAAAUUCUGGAAUUUAUUCGCUAUUGA